ACGUAAAACUUUGCAAUUGGUCUUUUAUUAUAUUCUUUAUAUUAUAAUCACAAAUUAAUUAUAUUUAAACUUGUUAAUGGAUUCUGAAAAUUUAAGAAUAAAUCUUAAAUCCCCAAUAUUUACUGAUGAAAUAGUCAAUGCCUCAUGGAAAUGGACUGUAUAUCAUUUAAAAAAUCAUUUAACGAGUGUAUACCCAUUAAAGCCUACAAUUGGGCAACAACGUCUUAUAUAUGCAGGCAGAUUACUUAAAGAUGAUCAACCAUUGAUUGAAGUGUUUAAAAAAGAUGAUCAUUCUCCAUAUAAUUUGCAUAUAAUCUGUUCACCUAGCUUACCUGAUUUAUCAUAUUCAAAAGUAUCAAAACAUGAUAAUAGCCUUCCUAAUACAAAUAAAGAAAAAUUAAAUACAGCGACCUCUAACAACCUGAAUUAUUUUUCAUCAACAUCAACACCUAUGGCCAUGCCAAGUGUUUACAAUUCUUUCACACCAUAUUCCUCAGAAUACUAUCAAAUUUUGCAAAAAUCAAUUUAUGAUUCAUGGCAAAUAUAUUAUCAAAACAUGUAUCGUAGCCUGGUUCCUAAUCAAAAUACUCCAAUCACGCAUCAUACAGUUCCUCCAAACCACAACUACCAACCACCCAUCAGUCAUUACCAUCACCCUUACUAUUCAAUUCUGUGGCAACAGUACCAUAACAACAAUCAACCAAGCUUUCAGCAAGUUCCAACCAAUGUCAAUUUAAAUAAUUAUCAAAAUCUUCUAAUCAAUAACCCUCAUCUUAUUAAUAAUAACUUAAAUUAUGAGGUUGCUCCAAACCUAUCUCCCCUGCGCCAAGCUUACAACGCUAUAAUGAAUAACCACUUAAAUAAUCAGCAACAGCAACCCAAUAAUGCAAAUGUGAAUAAUAACGCCAAUGCCAAUAAUGAGAGGGGUAAUGUGGAUUGGGUUGAUUGGAUCUACCUUUUUUUCCGCGUCGUUAUUCUCUUUUCCAUUCUCUACUUUUACUCGUCCAUCAAUCGUUUUUUGGUUGUGCUCUUUUUCUCUACCCUCUUGUUUUUAUAUCAAGCUGGACUCUUACUCGCGCCUAUGAGGCAAAGAGCCAACGAAAUUCCUAAUAAUGCGAAUCCAAAUUUAAACAAUGAUAAUAACAUGGCGGUUGAAGAGAAUGGAGAAAGUGGUUCUGAUGGGAAUGCUACUGUUAAUCCCAAUAAUUCUCCUCAUCAAAAUGUUCUACCAAAUCCUGAAGAAAAUGAAACCAGCCCUAUUAUCAGAAAGAUAGUAGCCAAAAUGAAUAUUUUUUGGAACUGCACCAAGACCAUACUCUUCAUUUUUGUCACCUUCUUUACCUCCCUGAUUCCCGAUAGACCGCCUCCUAUAGAUUUUAAUUAAAUAUUCCGUUCGGUGUUCUUAUUUGUUGGAAAAAAAACGAUAGACUAUUCUACACUUUUAAUAGUUUGGAUUCGUUUAUAUUUUUGCCUACUUUUGCAUUCUUAUAAAAAUAUUAAUAAAACUUAUAUAAAUAUUUAUCCCAUAAUUUUUUUUCCCUAUUUUUGGUGCUUAUAAAUUUU